CAUCAUCAUUCAGUAAGAAAGAAAGAAAAUCCACGGCGACGAGUUCCAUCGGGGAGGAUACACUAAUGAAACCUGCAACGGAUGAAGAACAACAAAUAAGCGAUAGACGCUCGCAACCAGCCGCACUUGAGGAUAGCGAGGAAUAGAUCCCCAAACAUACGAUUAUCAUUACAGAAGAUGGCGCGUACACCAAAACCCGGAAGCAGUGGCAGUGACCUUCCCUCGAUACAAAGCGGYAGCAGUGAAUCAGUUCCUUCCUCUGCCUCGGAUCCUCAGAUGAUUGCGUCCUACACGCUCCCCCAAUGGCUCGUUCCCGAGCGAUACAAAGACAAGCAAUCCUCCCAAAACACGAUGCAAACCAGGGUAUUUUCCAUUCCGAUGCCGCAGGUGCCCAUUCAUACAAAAGAGGCAAUUCGAGCUYAUUUGAUCAAGACUAAUCCUCCGCAAAAGGCAGGAAUGAGAGAUUCCGAGCGAAAGUUGAAAGAGCUUAAGCAGGAAGAAAAAAUAGCAUCCUCCGAAGCUAAGUUGGCCAAAGACAAGCUGGCGCAGGCUUUGCUUGCCAGGUCGGAAAAGCUCAAAGAAAUUCGAAAAGCGCACGAGUUGGAAACCACAAAGGCAAUGGAAGCGUUGGAAACGACAAUCAGGAAGGAGUGGAAAAGUGAAGAUCUGAAACUGAAGAAACAAAUCAACGAAGAAUGCAAACUGGAAUAUGAAAGGAAAUUCGAUGAAGAAAUGAUCCAUAAACGCAAACGAGAGCAAGAGGAAGACGAGAAGGAACAGGCAGAAGUAGAUCUCGAAAUCAAAAAAGCAAAAGAGGAAAAGGAGGAAGCCCUGAAAACGCAAAGAAACCCCGCAGGGGAAGGAAACGUACCUUCUACUGGUGGCAACAACGUUCAGGUUCUAGAGAAGAAACAAGCAGACCUGAAGGACAAGGUGGAAAAGUUGUCUGAAAAGAAAAGCGAGAUGAUUUGGCUUUUCAAACAAGUCAUCAAGCAAGAGGCCAUCCAGAAAAUGAAGGCGAAGAAGCUUAAAAAGGCUGCUGAAGCCAAAUAGACUUGGAAGUAUUUUCGUAAGAACGUUUGAACGUUCCCUUUUGCGGAAAAACGAGGUGUAUAUUUCUAUUUU